AUGGGGUCUCAACGUUGUGAUUCCGGAGCAUUCCCGAUCAUCGAUUCUCAUAUCCACUUGUACGCAAAGACACACAUCCCAUCGUUGGCUUGGGCCACAGACCUUGCUGAAGACUUCCCGCUCAAUCGACAAAACAGUGUUGACGAAUAUAAAGCUGCCGCAGGUGAACAAGCCAACCUGGUUGGAUUUGUCUUCCUGGAGACUGAUCGCAAGUCCGGUCUAGAGAGCACGGAAUGGCAAGCCCCUUAUGACGAAGUGGAUUUCUUGAUCCGAAUUGCGAAAGGAACGCCCAUUGGAGGUGAAGGUCACUCAACUGAAGACAGCAAGCUAGUCCUAGGAGUCGUACCUUGGGCACCAAUUCCUGCUGGCCUAACUCUACUGAAGCAGUACGUGGAAGAAUUGGAGUCUAAGUUUGCCGAAGCUGGGAUUCCCAAAAGGCUCAGCGGAUUCAGAUAUCUCCUACAAGACAAAAAACCAGGUGUAAUGUUGCAGCCCGAGUUUGUCGAUGGACUACGAUAUAUGGGAGAGAAAGGCCUGUCGUUCGACCUUGGCGUUGAUUCACAUCGGGGUGGCAUGCACCAGCUGGUAGAAGCAGUGGAGCUAUUGCAACGACUACAAGACUUUGGCAGCCACGUCAGAGUCAUUCUGGACCAUUUCUGCAAGCCCAAUAUGGCUCUCACGGCGACAGAUAUACAGAAUGCACAUCCUCAGUACGUGGAGUGGAAAAGGCACGUGGAGCAACUGGCCAAAUAUCCCUUUGCAUACAUGAAGCUGUCCGGAUGGAUGACGGAACUGCCACCGCAAGACGAGAAUAAUCCGUUGGACAUCGAAGAGAUGUUGACGCAGACUAAACCAUGGGCAGAUGUCAUCUUUGACGCCUUCACGCCUUCCCGGAUAUUGUUUGGCUCGGAUUGGCCGGUAGUCAAUCUUGGAGGAAUGGGAAUUCAGAAGUCAUGGCAGUAUUGGCAUGAUCUGGUGGAAGGAAUGCUCGAUUCCCGUGAUCUGGACACCAAAUCAAGGGCUCAGAUAUGGUCAGGGACGGCGAUCAAAGCUUAUAACCUUGCAAUGGACUGA